UUUCUCUCUCGCCCCUGACCGUCGCUCCGCCGCCGCGUCCUGGCUCUUCUGUGGGGCUCUCUCCUGCCGCCGGCGCGAACGCUGGGACUAAGGCAGGCGUGCGGGGCGCCAUGAAGGGCUGCCGCCUCUCGGGCGCCGCUGCGGAGGGGCUGGCCGGCUGAGGGCUGCGCCGGGCCGAGGUAUGCGGAGCCCCGGCCGGAGCCUGCUCCAGGCGCUGCCCCGGCUCCUGCAGCACGCCUCCCUCCCGGGCCGCGCCGAGCUGCCGGCCCGCUGGGCCCUGCCACGGGCGGCGGGCGGGGACGCGCCGGCAGACCGCCUCCCCCGCGGGGGCGGGGCGAGCGCGGCGGCGGCGGCGGCCGCUGCCUCGGGCGCCCUGCUCGGCGCCUAUCUGGAGCGCCACAGUCCGCCCGCCGCCUCAGAGCUGUCUGCGCCGGGCGGGGCCUUGGCUGGCGGCCCCGCGAGCGGCGGCGGCGUGGUGGUCGGCGUGGCCGAGGUGAGAAGCUGGCGCUGCUGCUGCCUCGGCAGCACCUGUUGGUGCCGGAGCCUCGUGCUGGUCUGCGUGCUGGCCGCCCUGUGCUUCGCUUCGCUGGCCCUGGUCCGCCGUUACCUGCAGCAGCUGCUGCUCUGGGUGGAGACCCUCGACUCGCUGCUGGGGGUGCUGCUCUUCGUCGUGGGCUUCAUCGUGGUCUCCUUCCCCUGCGGCUGGGGCUACAUCGUGCUCAACGUGGCCGCCGGCUACCUGUACGGCUUCGUCCUGGGCAUGGGACUGAUGGUGGUGGGCGUCCUCAUCGGCACCUUCAUCGCCCAUGUGGUCUGCAAGCGGCUGCUCACCGCCUGGGUGGCCACCAGGAUCCAGAGCAGCGAGAAGCUGAGCGCCGUUAUUCGCGUCGUGGAGGGAGGAAGCGGCCUGAAAGUGGUAGCGCUGGCCAGACUGACUCCCAUACCUUUUGGGCUCCAGAAUGCAGUGUUUUCGAUUACUGAUCUCUCAUUACCCAACUAUCUGAUGGCGUCUUCAGCUGGACUGCUUCCUACCCAGCUUCUGAAUUCUUACUUGGGUACCACCCUGCGGACAAUGGAAGAUGUCAUUGCAGAACAGAGUGUUAGUGGAUAUUUUGUUUUUUGUUUACAGAUUAUUAUAAGCAUAGGCCUCAUGUUUUAUGUAGUUCAUCGAGCUCAAGUGGAAUUGAAUGCAGCUAUUGUAGCUUGUGAAAUGGAACUGAAAACCUCUCUGGUUAAAGGCAGUCAACCAAAUACCAGUGGCUCUUCAUUCUACAACAAGAGGACCCUAACAUUUUCUGGAGGUGGCAUCGAUAUUGUAUGAUUCUAAUGAAAUGUAUGGUUGUCCAGAGCCUAGUGUCUUGUCCCAGGUCUAGCAGACACUUGACAAGUGGGCGGAGAGAAAAGUUCUAAUUGUAUUACGGCACAAACAAAACUGACGAGUUUUUAAAUUGCACAAUUUUUGUAAAGCAAGAGUCAUUUUCUGGAUAUGUAAAUGUAUAUGUCGAUGCAAUUUUGGCUGCACCUCUUUAUCAUUUAUUGUGCCCGUAAUGGCCUAUAGGUCUGCACUUUAGCGUUUUUUAAUUGUUUUAUUUCUGGGUACUUAUGAACAGAGAAAUAACCCAAAUAUUUUUCUGCUUAGCAUCUUUAUUUAUAAAAUCCAUGGAUAGUUGUAUGCAUCUUUCCUACUUCUUGAUAUGAGUAAAAGUAUGCAGUUUUAAGCAUAUAAUAUUAUCGGAUGUUCUUUGCUUUGUAGUCUUUCGGGAUGGGUAAACAGUGGUUUUUUUGUUUUACAUGGGGCCACUUUGCUUCCCUUUUCCUUUCUAGUUAGAAAACACAUUAACUUUUGGUUGAAUGUAUUUUCGCAAGUCAUCACUUUGUUGCAGGGCCAUUUACACAUACUCACAUAGGCUUAUAUCCUACAUUGUGGGACUGAAGUGCUCUUAAGAUGCUUUUUUAUUUUCACUGUGUAAGAUGCAAAGCAAAAGGGAAAUUAUUUAAUGGGUGGUAGCUCGAAUUAGAACUCAUGUUCUAAUCUUUACAAUGGCUUUACCCUCGUUAGGUCUUUCAUCAAAGGGCUGUCGCAUUGCAAUCUUACAAAACAUUUUUAUUAAAAUGGGCUUUUCUUCCUUUUUAUAUUCAUAAUUAGGCUUUGGAAUAAAGAUGUUAGUCCUUUAAAAUGGUGGAUUUACUGUCCUUGAAGAUGUCACUCAGGUGGCCUUGUUUGAUCAAAACGCCUUUUUAAAAAACCAAGCUUUAAAAUCAUAUUUAUAAUUCUAUUGAAGUACAUAUAUUUUUGUCCCCAUAGCCUUCAGCUUUUUAAAUGUAAUAUUAAUUAAUGCCCAACUUUGUGUUAUUCGCCCUACUAUCAAGUAGGUUUAUUUUGUUCUUUCGGUAUUAUUUUUCUCUGAUAAGACUCAGGAAUUCUGAAAUGUGAAAUUAAGUGUCUCAAUUCUUUAGCUCUUACAGCAUGAAUUGAGUGUAUUUAUUACUAGCACUUAUAAGUACAUAAGUACAGAAUACAAUAAUUUGGCAUUUGAUUCAUAUGUAUCUUAUUUGCCUAUCACCUUAUAUUUUUAAAAUUGUUUAAUUGUGAACUUAAUGAUUAGUUGUUUUUUUUCCCCCUAUGAAUAUUCCAGCUUAUCAGAGACUUCCCAAUUUGCUUUUUCGUUAGAGUAAAACUUCUGCCCUGAUUUACUAAAGUACAAAAUAAUUCUUUGGCAGCAGAUUAUUUCUCAUCUUAUACUAGGGAUGCAUUUGAUCAUUUUAAUGUAUAGUUUCUUUGCCUUAUUAUAGGUGUAAUUGUUCGUUGUUUUCUUUCCUUCAUAAUGAGUGAGUUUUCCUAGCUUGGAGUAACAGUGAAGUUUGUAUUUUUUUUUUUUUUAAUCAGGAAGACCUCAGUGUAAUCGCUUCGAGAGAUACCUGGGUCUGCAGCACAUAAUUGGCCUCCAAACCCUUCCUUGUAUUAUUGGUAGAAAAAAUACAGUAUUGAAAUUUUUUUUUUUUGAGUCCUAAGUACAUUUUAAAAAAUGAUUUUAGUUUAAAAACCCCAAUCGAACAAUAUAUUUGAUUUAUUCUUUUCUGGUUUUACAUUUUUUGUGCUUUUUGUUUGUCGGUUAGUUUUUAUUAAAGGAAUCAUUAAGAUAAUUAGUUUUCUCAUAUUGCUUUAUACUUCAUGUAUUUUGACAUGCAUUUAUUAGCAUUUUAUAACUUAAAUAAUUUCACCAAAUGAAUAAUUUUUAGUAGUUUGUAAUAAGUUCUUCCAGUUGUUACACUUUGCUUGGUUCUUGUAAUAAAUACCUAAAGGUAAACAUGAAAUAAUUUUUUCUGUAUUCUGCCAACUGCAAUUUUGUAUAAUAAAAUCAUCCAUUUUUUCUUAAAGAAAAA